ACCACCAGAAAUAAGAUGUGUUGAGAACAGCGGAACAAUGCGGCUCCAGUGUCUGUGAGCAGCAUCACGACAUGUUCUGCAGAGGAAACUGUGACAGUGAUGAAGAUGAGCAGCAGCAGCAGCAGCAGUAAGAGAGAGAGGGAGCAGAAGAGGAAGCUGCAGCACUUCCUGGGUGACCUGGCUCUGCUCGGAUCGCUACAGGGUUUUAAAUAUUUCCAGCCGUGGCUCAGAGGGAAGGAGGAGCUGCUGCUCACAGUCGUCAACGAGGAUCUGGGUUGGCGCUCCCCGGGCUUCGUGGUGUCCCGAGCCUCCUCCUUCUCCUCCAGCAGCAGCUGUAACAGCAGCGACGUCUCCCCCAGCAGCAGCUCCCCGAGCCUGGACAGCCGCAGCAGCUCCCCCCUUCCUGGAGAAGCUCCAGCUCCACGAGGCCGUCAGUCUGAAACACACACAGAGACGCAGCCACAGAACGUCAGGGGCCCGAGCAGUGAGGCCCACCUGCUGCCUGCCUCUCCCAGUGAGAGAGAGAUAGCAGUACCUGAGGUGAACUGCACUCUCUUCUUACUGGCCGGCUACGUCAAGUACGGACGCCCCUACGCCUGGAUACGCUCCAAUCACGAGCGCCUGGUCAACAUCGGAGGCACCGAGUCCAUGGUCAGGGACACGCCCAUGAAACUCAAGUCCAUCGCAGACUGGCAGACGCGAGGGAUUCGUGUGUGGGAUAUCGUCAGUGAGCUGGUGUGUCUGUGCACGGUCCCCUCUCCUUCAAACCCCUUCGCCCUGGACAUGCGUUACAUCAAAAAUCUUCCCCUCCCUGACCGCUUCCUGGUCACAGGCGCUCUCCUCAACUUUCUGGAGACGUAUGUGGUGUUUGGCAACCAGGACGAGCUGCACUAUGACAAAGUCGUAGAGGAGGUGAAGCCUCUGAGGCGUCUCCACGUCCGGUCCCUGCUGGAGCUGCAGCGGCACAGAGAGGCGUCCAGGUCGAGCAGCAGCCCGACGGCGGAGGUCUCUUGUGAAGAGGAGUGAAUGUAACAUGUUCACAAAGAUGAGAUGUUCUCGCUGCUCUUUCGAUAACUUAUAGAGGGAAAACAGACUGAAAAUGUGUUAGAAAUUUGCAAAAUGUAACCAUUUAAAUGAUGAUUUCCCCGUUUUGUCACUUGUAUUCUUAAUGCAAACACGUUCCACAAGGUUGUCCUGCCCAGUUGGAGCUGUAUCUGCAUCUUUACUCUGGUUGGAAGGUUGUCACGUUAUCAGAUGUUUUGGAAAAGUCAAAACACUAGAGAGAAACUCUGGGAAAUCAGUCACAUGACUAAGAUUAAAAAUCCCAGGACCUCUCUCUGAAUGUUUUACCCCCCCCCCCCCAACCUCCAGUCCCUUCAAUCUCAAUCUCUUACUCCCCUCACAGGAAUUCUGUUUUCAUCAGGCCAAGGAAAACAUUUUAAAACGUCCAAUCUUGGAAACAGAAGAUCGUUUGUCAGGGUCAAAGCUGCACAAGUUAAAUAUUUGUCUUGUUGAAAGUCAGAGCAGCCUGAGACCAACACAACGAGACGCACACGAGAUGUUAUAUAAAAACUUUUAAUAAUCCAUAAAAUACAUAUUUAAUUAAAUAUGUACAAAGACAAAAACAUCGAUAAAAUAAAUCUUAAAGCAGGCACUUCAACCUCGUUUCUGAGACGAGGCUUGUGCCGUUUGUAAAAGAUACAGUGAGAGUAGAAAAUGAUAAAAUUAACUGAUAAAACAAAGUGGCACAGCAGUCAAAAAAACUUUCUAUAGCUUAGUUUUGGUCAGACAAUAAAAAAAGAUAAGUGAGCGGUGGCCUCGGGCUGCACCACUAAUCCUCACGUCUCUCAUUUGUAAACCGGAGACAGAAAUCACCAUCGUGAGAGGAGGUCACUCAGAAUGGACUUCAAAGUUGUUAGGGCACCUUUUAUGGCGUUGGUAAUGUGAACAAGUCGAGGGCCUGGGAGUUACAGAAGCACAUUUCGGCAUCUACUUGUGAGGCUGCUCCGAAUGCUGAGUCACGGGCGGAUGUGUAGAAGAAGUCAGGGCUGUUUAAGAAGAUUCACCAUCUCGGAUUUCCUGCGCUGGAAUGCAGGUGCACGGCCGCGCAUUCCUCCACUCAGGAACACAGCGUUCCCAGUGUUCGGACACAAACAAGCUGGCCCCAUGUGUUUUUGUCACGUGAAAAUGCAAAUCAUUUGUCUUUGUGGACAGCUGCGAGCUGUGUUUUUGCAGGAAAUUGUUGACCCUGCAAGGUCUGUUUGUGACGCAGGUCGCUCCACUCAUAAAAUACCCUGCACACUUCAGGAGGAAAUUAUAAAACCUGUGUUUUCAUGAAACGACUUGAACUGUGAUGCGUUCAGGUGUCAAAUUUUACAGUUGGAAACUUGGAAAGUGCUCAGAAAUGACUUGUGUGCGAGACAGAUAUCCACUUUUGUCUGACAUGCCAGCAGUUAUCUUGACGUCUACUGUAUCUACGUCCAAAACUGCAAUAGAUUAAAAGUGUGCUUUUGUCCAUCCAAAUAAAAUCAUCAUGAUGAGUCACGAAUGUCAGUUAAAUAAAAAAACUCAGGCUUGAGAAACAUCUGGUCCCUCGUCAUCUUUUUCCAGUUUUCCCUGUGCAUCAUUCGGCCGGCACCGCUGCUGGGUCCAAUCGUCUUUUUCAAACAGAUCAAACACCUUCGAAGGCUUCGCCAUUAAGCGGACUCCUUGGAAA